UAGUAUUGUAUUGUCGAUUGAAUUAUUUACGUUGUGAACACUGGAGGCACAAUAAUAUAAACGAGAUUUAAAUUUUGUUAGUCUCACUCAAAAUCGAGAACGGCUGAACCGAUUUGACUAAUAUUAGUCUUGAAAUAUCCGUGAAAGUCCAAUGAAAUUAGUUAAAACAUGGUAUAAAUUCUCCGGUCGUUAGAAUGAUGAAAAUUAUUUUGCUGUUCCUUUACGUUUUCGUUGUUGACGCGAGGAAGUUCACAAGAUGUCGUCUGGCUAAAGAGCUGAACGAUAUGAGGCUGAUAGAGAAAACAUUUUUGGGAAACUGGGUGUGCCUCAUAGAGAAAGUGAGCAAUCGGGACACAUCGGCUUUCGUCGUGUCACCCAGUGGGAAGAAAUAUUACGGAUUGUACCAGAUCCCUAGUAAAUGGUGUAGAGAAGGUAAAAAAGGCGGAGACUGUAACAUCGCUUGUGAAUCUUUACUCGACGACGACAUACGAGAUGAUACGGCGUGCGCGGUGACCAUCUUCAACCGAGAAGGCUUCAAGUACUGGACUCAGUGGACCACGAGGUGCAAGAAUAACAACCUUAUAACUAACGAGAUUUAUAAAUGUCCUGAUUUAAUCUCAAGGAUGAGUCCAGAAAGAGACCUUCCGAGUGAAAGUUUGAAGAUCAGAAGACGACACACAAGGAACGGCAUCUACCGCAGGACCGGAAACCACAGAGGAAUUCGUUCUGCUAUUAAGAAGUAAACAAUGAGUAACAAUUUG